AUGGAUGGGAAGCUGGAAAGCGAUCUCCUCGGCAGGAUAGAAUCAGAUUUAGACGAGAACAAUCUUCGCCCGGUGCGAGAAGUGCCAAUGACGGGAUUCUCUCAGCCAUUGACUCUCCCGGUCGUGGACCGGGAGCUGUCCAGCUGGCGGCGUGGCCUGGAAAUCUCUGACGUGUGUGGGAGACUCGACCCCAUUUCGGGAACAAUGACGGAACACGGAGACAACCAGAACCAGAACGACCAGGCAUAA